AUGGAGUCGGUGGGAGUGGUACUUGUGCGGGAAGGAAUCAGAGUGAUAGGAAGAUCUAUUCUGGCCACAGCUUGCGACAUCAUGUUUAGAGGCCGGAUGUCUAAGAAAGAGGCAGAGAUGAUUCUACGGAUUGAGUCAGGCUCGAAUCACAGUGAAGUGCAAGAAGUGUUUGCCAGGAUGUAUAAUGCAAAUUCGAAGGAAAACAAGGGAUCAGCAUAUCUACAAUCGAGGAUUCUUGCAGCAUACAGUGUCUUAAUGGAUCAGCCAGUGACCAGUGCUUAA